GCGGCGCUGGGCCGGUGGCAAGCCCCCGGAGGGAGCCGCAGUAGUACGACGAAAGAUGGCGACGAGCGGCGGCGAAGAGGCGGCGGCAGCAGCUCCAGCGCCCGGAGCCCCGGCGACCGGGCAGGACACGACCCCGGGCUGGGAGGUGGCGGUGCGGCCCCUCCUGUCCGCGUCCUACUCCGCCUUCGAGAUGAAGGAGUUGCCGCAGCUGGUGGCCUCAGUCAUCGAGAGUGAGUCAGAAAUCCUGCACCAUGAGAAGCAGUACGAGCCAUUCUACUCGUCCUUUGUCGCACUGUCCACGCACUACAUCACCACGGUCUGCAGCCUCAUUCCCCGGAACCAGCUUCAGUCGGUGGCAGCUGCCUGUAAAGUUCUCAUUGAGUUUUCCCUCCUGCGUCUGGAGAACCCGGACGAGGCAUGUGCUGUAUCCCAGAAACACUUGAUUCUGCUGAUAAAAGGCCUGUGCACUGGCUGUAGCCGACUCGACAGAACAGAGAUUAUCACCUUUACAGCAAUGAUGAAGUCCGCCAAGCUUCCGCAGACAGUGAAGACGCUUUCAGAUGUGGAAGAUCAGAAAGAGCUGGCCUCACCAGUAAGUCCCGAGCUAAGGCAGAAGGAGGUACAGAUGAACUUUUUGAACCAGCUGACCUCAGUUUUUAACCCUAGAACCGUACCAUCUCCUCCCAUCAGUCCACAGGCUUUGGUGGAAGGAGAAAAUGAUGAACAGCCAUCUCCAGAUCAAGCCUCUGCUGUCAAGACCAAGAAUGUGUUCAUAGCUCAGAACGUGGCUAGCCUUCAAGAGCUUGGAGGUUCCGAGAAGCUACUCCGAGUAUGCCUGAACCUGCCCUAUUUCCUGCGCUACAUCAAUCGGUUUCAGGAUGCUGUGGUGGCCAAUUCCUUCUUCAUCAUGCCUGCAACAGUAGCUGAUGCCACCGCUGUUCGAAAUGGUUUUCACUCACUGGUGAUUGAUGUAACUAUGGCCUUGGAUACCCUUUCCCUGCCUGUUCUGGAACCCCUCAAUCCUUCUCGUCUGCAAGAUGUGACAGUGCUCAGCCUCAGCUGUCUGUAUGCAGGUGUGAGCGUAGCCACCUGUAUGGCCAUCCUUCAUGUGGGUAGUGCCCAGCAAGUGCGGACAGGGUCCACGAGCUCCAAAGAAGAUGACUACGAAAGUGAUGCAGCCACGAUUGUUCAGAAAUGUCUUGAGAUCUAUGACAUGAUUGGACAGGCUAUCAGCAGCUCCCGCCGCGCAGGUGGUGAGCACUUCCAGAACUUCCAGCUGUUGGGUGCCUGGUGCCUGCUCAAUAGCCUCUUCCUCAUACUGAACCUCAGUCCCACAGCCCUGGCUGACAAGGGGAAAGAGAAGGACCCAUUGGCUGCCCUUCGAGUCAGAGACAUCCUUUCUCGUACAAAGGAGGGAGUGGGCUCUCCCAAACUGGGGCCUGGCAAAGGGCAUCAGGGAUUUGGGGUACUCUCGGUGAUACUGGCAAACCAUGCCAUCAAGCUGCUGGCGUCUCUCUUUCAAGACCUGCAGGUGGAGGCACUCCACAAGGGCUGGGAGACAGAUGGCCCCCCUGCAGUCCUGAGUAUUAUGGCCCAGAGCACCUCCACACAAAGAAUUCAGCGGCUGAUUGACUCUGUCCCGCUGACAAACCUGCUCUUGACUUUACUUUCAACUUCAUACAGAAAGGCGUGUGUCCUGCAGCGGCAGAGGAAGGGCUCCAUGAGCAGUGAUGCCAGUGCCUCCACCGACUCCAACACAUACUAUGAGGAUGACUUCAGUAGCACAGAGGAGGACAGCAGCCAAGAUGAUGACAGUGAGCCUAUUUUGGGGCAAUGGUUUGAGGAGACCAUCUCUCCCAGUAAAGAAAAAGCUGCGCCUCCACCUCCACCACCACCGCCUCCCCUGGAGAGCUCUCCUCGGGUUAAAAGCCCCAAUAAACAGGCAUCUGGUGAGAAGGGCAACAUCUUGGCCAGUCGCAAAGACCCUGAGUUGUUCUUAGGUCUGGCUUCCAACAUCCUGAACUUUAUCACAUCAUCCAUGCUGAACUCUCGGAACAAUUUCAUCCGGAACUAUCUAAGCGUCUCUCUUUCAGAGCACCACAUGGCCACUCUGGCCAGCAUCAUUAAGGAGGUGGACAAAGAUGGACUCAAGGGGUCAUCAGAUGAGGACUUUGCUGCUGCUCUCUAUCACUUCAACCACUCGCUGGUGACUUCUGACCUACAGUCCCCGAACCUGCAGAAUACACUGCUCCAGCAGCUGGGAGUUGCUCCUUUCUCCGAAGGCCCUUGGCCCCUGUACAUUCACCCCCAAGGUCUCUCUGUGCUUUCCCGCCUCCUGCUUAUCUGGCAGCAUAAAGCUGGAGCACAAGGUGACCCUGAUGUCCCUGAAUGCCUGAAAGUGUGGGACAGGUUUUUGACUACGAUGAAGCAGAACGCACUGCAGGGGGUGGUGCCCAGUGAGACAGAAGACCUGAAUGUUGAGCACCUGCAGCUGCUGCUGCUCAUCUUCCACAGCUUCUCUGAGAAGGGCCGCAGAGCCAUUUUGAGCAUGCUUGUACAGAGCAUCCAGGAGCUGAGUGUUAACAUGGAGGUGCAGAUGCGCUCUGCACCGCUGAUCCUGGCCCGCCUCCUCUUGAUCUUUGACUACCUACUUCAUCAGUACUCCAAAGCCCCUGUGUAUCUGUUUGAGCAGGUGCAGCACAACCUGCUAAGUCCCCCUUUUGGGUGGGCAAGUGGAUCCCAAGACAGCAGCAGCCGCCGAGCCAACACUCCUCUGUAUCAUGGCUUCAAGGAAGUAGAAGAAAAUUGGUCCAAACAUUUUUCAUCAGAUGCAGCCCCACAACCCAGGUUCUACUGUGUCCUGUCCACAGAGGCCUCCGAGGAGGAUUUGAACCGGCUGGAUUCGGAGGCAUGUGAAGUUCUUUUCUCCAAGCUUGUCAAGUACGAUGAACUUUAUUCCUCACUGACUACCCUGCUUGCGGCUGGAUCUCAGCUUGAUACAGCCAGGAGGAAGGAAAAUAAGAAUGUGACAGCCCUGGAGGCCUGCGCCCUGCAGUAUUACUUCUUGAUUCUCUGGAGGAUCUUAGGAAUUUUGCCACCUUCAAAGACUUACAUGAACCAGCUGGCCAUGAACUCACCUGAGAUGAGUGAAUGUGACAUCUUACACACUCUGCGAUGGUCGUCUCGCCUCCGGAUCAGUUCCUAUGUCAGCUGGAUAAAGGAUCACCUUAUCAAGCAAGGCAUGAAGCCCGAGCAUGCGGGCUCUCUCAUAGAACUGGCCGCUAGCAAGUGUAGUUCGGUGAAGUACGAUGUUGAGAUUGUAGAGGAGUACUUUGCCCGACAGAUCUCGUCCUUCUGCUCCAUUGACUGCACUGCCGUCCUCCAGCUGCAUGAGAUCCCUGGUCUGCAGUCCAUCUACACCCUGGAUGCCGCCGUCUCCAAGGUCCAGGUCUCUCUGGAUGAGCACUUUUCUAAGAUGGCAGCAGAGACUGACCCUCAUAAGUCGUCUGAGAUCACCAAGAACCUCCUUCCAGCUACGCUGCAGCUCAUUGACACCUAUGCCUCAUUCACCAGAGCCUAUCUGCUUCAGAACCUUAAUGACGAGGGAUCCACUGAGAAGCCCUCGCAGGAGAAGCUGCAUGGCUUUGCAGCUGUCUUGGCUAUUGGCUCUAGUAGGUGCAAGGCAAACACACUGGGUCCAACUCUAGUGCAGAACUUACCGUCAUCAGUGCAAUCUGUGUGUGAGUCCUGGAAUAAUAUCAGUACCAAUGAGUUUCCCAACAUUGGAUCCUGGCGCAAUGCAUUUGCCAACGACACAAUCCCGUCUGAGAGUUACAUCAGUGCCGUGCAGGCGGCUCACCUCGGGACUCUGUGUGGCCAGAGUCUGCCCCUGGCGGCUUCCCUGAAACAUACCCUCCUCUCCCUGGUCAGGUUGACUGGGGAUCUGAUUGUGUGGUCAGAUGAGAUGAACCCAGCACAGGUCAUCCGGACUCUGCUACCGCUUCUCUUGGAGUCAAGCACAGAGAGCGCUGCCGAGAUCAGCAGUAACUCUCUGGAACGCAUCUUGGGACCUGCGGAGUCUGAUGAGUUCCUGGCUCGUGUAUACGAGAAGCUGAUCACGGGAUGUUACAACAUUCUGGCCAACCAUGCAGAUCCCAACAGUGGGCUGGAUGAGUCCAUCCUGGAGGAGUGUUUACAGUAUCUGGAGAAGCAGCUGGAGAGCAGCCAGGCCCGGAAGGCCAUGGAGGAGUUCUUCUCUGACGGUGGGGAGCUGGUGCAGAUCAUGAUGGCCACGGCCAGUGAGGACCUCUCUGCUAAAUUCUGUAACCGGGUCUUGAAAUUCUUCACCAAACUCUUCCAGCUGACUGAGAAGAGCCCUAACCCAAGCCUCCUUCACCUCUGUGGCUCUCUCGCCCAGCUUGCCUGCGUGGAGCCGGCACGCCUGCAGGCCUGGCUUACCCGCAUGACAACAUCGCCCCCCAAGGAUUCCGACCAGCUGGAGGUCAUUCAGGAGAACCGGCAGCUGCUGCAGUUACUGACCACGUACAUCGUUCGGGAGAACAGCCAAGUUGGAGAAGGUGUGUGUGCUGUGCUUCUGGGCACCCUGACCCCCAUGGCAACAGAUAUGCUGGCGAACGGUGAUGGGACCGGCUUCCCCGAGCUCAUGGUCGUGAUGGCCACUCUAGCCAGUGCCGGGCAAGGAGCUGGCCACCUUCAGCUCCACAAUGCUGCAGUGGACUGGCUGGGCAGGUGCAAGAAAUACCUGUCACAGAAAAAUGUGGUUGAGAAACUGAAUGCCAAUGUAAUGCAUGGAAAGCAUGUGAUGGUCUUGGAGUGCACAUGUCACAUUAUGUCUUACCUGGCUGACGUCACAAAUGCCCUGAGCCAGAGUAAUGGUCAAGGCCCAAGCCAUCUGUCAGUGGAUGGGGAAGAGCGUGCCAUUGAGGUGGAUUCAGACUGGGUGGAAGAGUUAGCGGUGGAGGAGGAAGACUCCCAGGCUGAGGACUCUGAUGAAGAUUCUCUUUGCAAUAAGCUGUGUACCUUUACCAUCACACAGAAGGAGUUUAUGAACCAGCAUUGGUACCACUGUCAUACCUGUAAGAUGGUGGAUGGGGUGGGUGUGUGCACAGUGUGCGCGAAGGUGUGCCACAAGGACCAUGAGAUUUCCUAUGCCAAGUAUGGUUCCUUUUUCUGUGACUGUGGAGCCAAGGAAGACGGCAGCUGCUUGGCACUGGUGAAGCGAACUCCUAGCAGUGGCAUGAGCUCUACCAUGAAGGAGUCAGCAUUUCAGAGCGAACCUAGGGUUUCUGAAAGUCUGGUGCGCCAUGCCAGCACCUCUCCUGCUGACAAGGCCAAGGUCACCAUCAGUGAUGGAAAGGUUACAGAUGAAGAGAAGCCCAAGAAGAGCAGCCUGUGCCGUACAGUUGAGGGGUGCCGCGAGGAGCUUCAGAAUCAGGCCAAUUUCUCCUUCGCUCCUCUCGUGUUAGACAUGCUCAGUUUCCUCAUGGAUGCCAUUCAGACCAACUUUCAGCAGGCUUCAGCCGUGGGGAGCAGCAGCAGGGCCCAGCAGGCCCUCAGUGAACUGCACACAGUGGACAAGGGUGUGGAGAUGACAGACCAGCUGAUGGUUCCCACCUUAGGCUCACAGGAAGGUGCCUUUGAGAAUGUUCGGAUGAAUUACAGCGGAGACCAGGGCCAGACUAUACGACAGCUGAUCAGUGCCCAUGUGCUCAGGCGGGUGGCUAUGUGUGUGCUUUCUUCCCCCCAUGGGCGCCGCCAGCAUUUGGCUGUUAGCCACGAGAAGGGCAAGAUCACAGUGCUGCAGCUCUCAGCGCUCCUAAAGCAAGCCGAUUCCAGUAAGAGGAAGUUGACGCUAACCCGCUUGGCUUCUGCCCCAGUUCCCUUCACAGUGCUGAGUCUUACUGGAAACCCCUGCAAGGAGGACUACCUGGCAGUGUGUGGGCUGAAGGACUGCCACGUGCUCACCUUCAGCAGCUCAGGCUCUGUCUCCGAUCACUUAGUGUUACAUCCCCAGUUGGCAACAGGGAACUUCAUCAUCAAAGCUGUGUGGCUCCCUGGUUCACAGACUGAGCUAGCCAUCGUCACUGCAGACUUCGUCAAGAUUUACGACCUGUCUAUUGAUGCCUUGAGUCCAACCUUCUACUUCCUCCUGCCGAGCUCAAAGAUAAGAGACGUUACCUUCCUUUUCAAUGAGGAAGGCAAGAACAUCAUUGUCAUCAUGUCCUCUGCUGGGUACAUGUACACACAGCUCAUGGAGGAGGCCAGCAGUGCCCAGCAGGGCCCCUUCUAUGUCACUAAUGUGCUGGAAAUAAAUCAUGAGGACCUGAAGGACAGUAACAGCCAGGUGGCAGGUGGUGGCGUUUCUGUGUACUAUUCACACGUGUUACAGAUGCUUUUCUUCAGCUACAGUCAAGGCAAGUCCUUUGCAGCCACUGUCAGCAGGAGCUCUCUGGAGGUGUUGCAGCUCUUCCCCAUCAACAUCAAAAGCUCCAAUGGUGGCAGUAAGACUUCUCCUGCCCUUUGCCAGUGGUCCGAGGUGAUGAACCACCCUGGCUUGGUGUGUUGUGUUCAGCAAACUACUGGCGUGCCUCUGGUGGUCAUGGUGAAACCAGACACGUUCCUCAUCCAGGAGAUUAAGACUCUUCCCGCCAAAGCAAAGAUCCAAGACAUGGUUGCCAUUAGGCACACUGCCUGCAAUGAGCAGCAACGUACGACCAUGAUCCUGCUGUGCGAGGACGGCAGCCUGCGGAUUUACAUGGCCAAUGUAGAGAAUACCUCUUACUGGCUCCAGCCAUCUCUGCAGCCCAGCAGUGUCAUCAGCAUCAUGAAACCUGUGCGAAAGCGCAAAACAGCCACCAUCACAGCCCGCACAUCUAGCCAGGUGACCUUCCCCAUUGACUUUUUUGAACACAACCAGCAGCUAACGGAUGUGGAGUUUGGCGGUAAUGACCUCUUGCAAGUCUACAAUGCACAGCAGAUAAAGCACAGGCUGAACUCCACUGGCAUGUACGUGGCUAACACCAAGCCUGGCGGCUUCACCAUCGAGAUUAGUAACAACAGCAGCACCAUGGUGAUGACGGGCAUGCGGAUCCAGAUCGGGACGCAGGCAAUCGAGCGGGCCCCGUCCUACAUCGAGAUCUUUGGCAGAACCAUGCAGCUGAACCUGAGCCGCUCACGCUGGUUUGACUUCCCCUUCACCAGAGAGGAGGCCCUGCAGGCCGACCGAAAGCUGAGCCUCUUCAUCGGUGCCUCCGUGGAUCCAGCUGGUGUCACCAUGAUAGAUGCUGUAAAAAUUUAUGGCAAGACUAAAGAACAGUUUGGCUGGCCUGAUGAGCCCCCAGAAGACUUCCCUUCUGCCUCAGUCAGCAACAUCUGCCCUCCUAACCUGAACCAGAGCAAUGGCACUGGAGAGAGUGACUCAGCCGCUCCCACCACAGCCAGUGGCACUGUCCUGGAGAGGCUGGUUGUGAGUUCUUUGGAAGCCCUGGAAAGCUGCUUUGCUGUUGGCCCAAUCAUUGAGAAGGAGAGAAACAAGCAUGCAGCUCAGGAGCUAGCCACUUUGUUGCUCUCCCUGCCAGCACCUGCCAGUGUCCAGCAGCAAUCAAAGAGCCUCCUGGCCAGUCUGCACAGCAGCCGCUCGGCCUACCACAGCCACAAGGACCAGGCCUUGUUGAGUAAAGCUGUUCAGUGUCUCAACACAUCCAGCAAAGAAGGCAAGGACUUGGACCCCGAGGUGUUCCAGCGCCUGGUGAUCACAGCUCGCUCCAUUGCCGUCACACGUCCUAACAACCUUGUGCACUUCACAGAGUCAAAGCUGCCCCAGAUGGAAACAGAAGGAGCAGAUGAGGGGAAAGAGCCGCAGAAGCAGGAAGGAGACGGCUGUAGUUUCAUCACUCAGCUCGUAAACCACUUCUGGAAACUCCAUGCAUCUAAGCCCAAGAAUGCCUUCCUGGCACCUGCCUGCCUGCCAGGCCUUACUCAUAUUGAAGCUACGGUUAAUGCGUUGGUAGACAUUAUCCAUGGUUAUUGUACCUGCGAGCUGGAUUGUAUCAACACAGCAUCCAAGAUCUACAUGCAGAUGCUGCUGUGUCCUGACCCUGCUGUGAGCUUCUCCUGUAAACAAGCUCUGAUUCGAGUCCUAAGGCCCAGGAACAAGCGGAGACACGUGACAUUGCCCUCCUCCCCUCGAAGCAACACUCCAAUGGGAGACAAGGACGAUGAUGAUGAUGAUGACGCAGAUGAGAAAAUGCAGUCAUCGGGCAUCCCUGAUGGUGGUCACAUCCGCCAGGAAAGUCAGGAACAGAGUGAGGUGGACCAUGGAGAUUUUGAGAUGGUGUCUGAGUCGAUGGUCCUGGAAACAGCUGAAAAUGUCAACAAUGGCAACCCCUCUCCCCUGGAGGCCCUGCUGGCAGGUGCUGAAGGCUUUCCUCCCAUGCUGGACAUCCCGCCUGAUGCAGACGACGAGACCAUGGUUGAACUAGCCAUUGCCCUGAGCCUGCAGCAGGACCAGCAAGGCAGCAGCAGCAGUGCCCUGGGCCUGCAGAGCCUGGGACUGUCCGGCCAGGCACCCAGCUCUUCCUCUCUGGACGCAGGAACCCUCUCUGACACCACAGCAUCAGCUCCAGCCUCAGAUGACGAGGGCAGCACUGCAGCAACUGAUGGCUCCACCCUACGGACCUCGCCAGCCGACCAUGGCGGUAGUGUGGGCUCAGAGAGCGGGGGAAGUGCAGUGGACUCGGUGGCUGGCGAGCACAGUGUGUCUGGCCGGAGCAGUGCAUAUGGUGACGCCACAGCUGAGGGGCACCCGGCUGGACCAGGGAGCGUCAGCUCUAGCACAGGUGCCAUCAGCACCGCCACUGGGCACCAGGAGGGAGACGGCUCUGAGGGAGAAGGAGAAGGGGAAGCUGAAGGAGAUGUGCACACUAGCAGCAGGCUACACAUGGUUCGUCUGAUGCUGUUGGAAAGAUUACUGCAGACACUGCCCCAGUUGCGGACUGUCGGAGGUGUUCGGGCCGUCCCGUACAUGCAGGUCAUUCUCAUGCUCACUACAGAUCUGGAUGGAGAAGAUGAGAAAGACAAGGGAGCCUUGGACAACCUGCUCGCACAGCUCAUCGCUGAGCUGGGCAUGGACAAAAAGGAUGUCUCCAAGAAGAACGAGCGCAGUGCUCUGAAUGAAGUCCAUCUGGUCGUGAUGAGACUUCUGAGUGUCUUCAUGUCCCGCACCAAGUCUGGGUCCAAAUCUUCCAUCUGUGAGUCCUCUUCCCUCAUCUCCAGUGCCACGGCAGCAGCCCUGCUGAGCUCAGGGGCUGUGGAUUAUUGCCUCCAUGUGCUCAAGUCUCUGCUGGAAUACUGGAAGAGCCAGCAGAGUGAUGAGGAGCCUGUGGCUGCGAGCCAACUGCUGAAACCACACACGACUUCAUCUCCUCCAGAUAUGAGCCCAUUCUUUCUCCGCCAGUAUGUGAAGGGCCAUGCUGCUGAUGUCUUUGAAGCCUAUACCCAGCUGCUCACAGAGAUGGUACUGAGGCUUCCCUACCAAAUCAAGAAGAUCGCAGACACCAGCUCUCGGAUUCCUCCUCCUGUCUUUGAUCACUCCUGGUUCUACUUCCUCUCUGAGUACCUAAUGAUCCAGCAGACCCCUUUUGUCCGCCGCCAAGUUCGAAAACUUCUGCUCUUCAUCUGUGGAUCAAAGGAGAAGUACCGACAGCUCCGAGACCUGCACACCCUGGACUCCCAUGUGCGUGGGAUCAAGAAGCUGCUGGAGGAGCAGGGCAUCUUCCUCCGGGCCAGUGUGGUCACAGCCAGUUCCGGCUCCGCUUUGCAGUAUGACACGCUCAUCAGCCUGAUGGAGCAUCUGAAGGCCUGUGCAGAGAUUGCCGCCCAGCGAACCAUCAACUGGCAGAAGUUCUGCAUCAAAGAUGACUCUGUCCUGUACUUCCUCCUGCAAGUGAGUUUCCUGGUAGAUGAGGGGGUGUCCCCCGUGCUGCUGCAGCUGCUCUCCUGUGCUCUGUGUGGCAGCAAAGUUCUCGCAGCCCUGGCGGCCUCCACGGGGUCUUCCGGUGUGGCUUCCUCCUCAGCCCCUCCUGCAGCCAGUUCUGGACAAGCCACAACUCAGUCCAAAUCUUCCACUAAAAAGAGCAAGAAAGAAGAAAAGGAAAAAGAUAAAGAGGGUGAGAGCUCUGGUAGCCAGGAGGACCAGCUGUGCACAGCUCUGGUGAACCAGCUCAACAGAUUUGCAGACAAGGAAACUCUGAUCCAGUUUCUACGCUGUUUCCUGUUGGAGUCCAACUCGUCCUCAGUGCGCUGGCAGGCCCACUGCCUGACACUGCACAUCUACAGAAACUCCAACAAGGCUCAGCAGGAGCUCUUGCUAGAUCUCAUGUGGUCCAUCUGGCCGGAACUGCCAGCGUACGGCCGGAAGGCUGCCCAGUUUGUGGACCUACUGGGCUAUUUCUCCCUGAGAACUGCACAGACAGAGAAGAAGUUGAAGGAGUAUUCCCAGAAGGCCGUGGAGAUCCUGAGGACUCAGAACCACAUCCUCACCAAUCACCCCAACUCCAACAUUUACAACACCUUGUCUGGCUUAGUGGAGUUUGACGGCUAUUACCUAGAGAGCGACCCCUGCCUGGUGUGUAACAAUCCUGAGGUGCCGUUUUGUUAUAUCAAGCUGUCUUCCAUUAAAGUGGACACACGGUACACCACCACCCAGCAGGUUGUAAAGCUCAUUGGCAGUCACACCAUCAGCAAGGUGACAGUGAAAAUUGGGGAUUUGAAGCGGACCAAGAUGGUGCGGACGAUCAACCUGUACUACAACAACCGAACUGUGCAGGCCAUCGUGGAGUUGAAAAAUAAGCCAGCUCGAUGGCACAAAGCCAAGAAGGUUCAGCUGACACCUGGACAGACAGAAGUCAAGAUUGACCUGCCUCUGCCCAUCGUGGCCUCUAACCUGAUGAUCGAGUUUGCAGACUUCUAUGAGAACUACCAGGCCUCCACAGAGACCCUUCAAUGUCCUCGCUGCAGUGCCUCUGUCCCUGCCAACCCAGGCGUCUGUGGCAAUUGUGGAGAGAAUGUAUACCAGUGUCACAAGUGCAGGUCCAUCAACUAUGAUGAAAAGGAUCCCUUCCUCUGCAAUGCUUGUGGCUUCUGUAAAUAUGCCCGCUUUGACUUCAUGCUUUACGCCAAGCCUUGCUGCGCAGUGGAUCCCAUUGAGAAUGAAGAAGAUCGGAAGAAGGCCGUUUCCAACAUCAACACACUUCUGGACAAAGCUGACCGUGUGUACCAUCAGCUCAUGGGACAUCGGCCCCAGUUGGAGAAUCUGCUCUGCAAAGUGAAUGAAGCAGCUCCAGAAAAGCCACAGGAAGACUCAGGAACAGCGGGAGGCAUCAGCUCCACUUCAGCCAGUGUGAAUCGCUACAUCCUGCAGCUGGCUCAAGAAUAUUGUGGAGACUGUAAGAACUCGUUCGAUGAGCUCUCCAAAAUUAUCCAGAAAGUUUUUGCUUCACGCAAAGAGCUGUUGGAGUAUGAUCUACAGCAAAGAGAAGCAGCCACGAAGUCAUCCCGGACGGCCGUCCAGCCCACGUUUACUGCCAGCCAGUACCGUGCUUUGUCUGUCUUAGGCUGUGGCCACACCUCCUCCACCAAGUGCUAUGGCUGUGCCUCAGCUGUCACGGAGCAUUGUAUCACACUACUGAGGGCCCUGGCCACUAAUCCAGCCCUGCGGCACAUCCUCGUCUCCCAGGGCCUCAUCCGAGAGCUCUUUGAUUACAACCUCCGCCGUGGUGCUGCAGCCAUUCGAGAGGAGGUCCGCCAGCUCAUGUGCCUCCUCACCAGAGACAACCCAGAGGCCACCCAGCAAAUGAACGACCUGAUCAUUGGCAAAGUCUCCACUGCACUGAAGGGCCACUGGGCUAAUCCUGACCUGGCUAGCAGCCUUCAGUAUGAGAUGCUGCUGCUGACAGAUUCCAUCUCCAAGGAGGACAGCUGCUGGGAACUCCGCUUACGAUGUGCACUCAGCCUUUUCCUCAUGGCUGUGAACAUCAAAACGCCAGUGGUUGUUGAGAAUAUCACGCUCAUGUGUCUGCGGAUCUUACAGAAGCUGAUUAAACCACCUGCCCCAACCAGCAAGAAGAACAAGGAUGUCCCUGUGGAGGCCCUCACCACGGUGAAGCCGUACUGCAAUGAGAUCCAUGCCCAGGCUCAGCUGUGGCUCAAGAGAGAUCCCAAGGCAUCAUACGAAGCCUGGAAGAAGUGCCUGCCUAUCCGAGGGGUGGAUGGCAAUGGGAAAUCCCCCAGCAAGUCAGAGCUCCACCGUCUUUACUUGACUGAGAAGUACGUGUGGAGGUGGAAACAGUUCCUGAGCCGGCGGGGGAAGAGGACCACCCCACUUGACCUCAAACUGGGCCACAACAACUGGCUGCGGCAGGUACUCUUUACCCCAGCAACACAGGCAGCAAGGCAGGCAGCCUGUACCAUCGUGGAAGCUCUUGCUACUGUCCCCAGCCGCAAGCAGCAAGUCCUUGACCUCCUCACCAGUUACCUGGACGAGCUCAGUGUUGCGGGAGAGUGUGCUGCAGAGUACCUGGCUCUCUACCAGAAGCUCAUCGCCUCGUGCCACUGGAAGGUCUACCUAGCUGCUCGUGGAGUCCUGCCCUAUGUGGGCAAUCUCAUCACCAAGGAAAUUGCCCGCCUGCUGGCCUUGGAGGAGGCCACGCUGAGCACAGACCUGCAGCAGGGAUAUGCCCUCAAGAGUCUCACAGGUACAGAGUCUGAAACCAAGGCCUUCAUGGCUGUGUGCAUUGAGACAGCGAAGCGCUACAAUCUGGAUGACUACCGGACGCCUGUGUUCAUCUUUGAGAGGCUGUGCAGCAUCAUCUACCCUGAGGAGAAUGAAGUCACAGAGUUCUUCGUGACCCUGGAGAAGGACCCCCAGCAAGAGGACUUUCUACAGGGCAGGAUGCCUGGAAACCCAUAUAGCAGCAAUGAACCAGGCAUUGGGCCUCUUAUGAGGGACAUAAAGAACAAGAUCUGCCAGGACUGUGACCUGGUGGCUCUUCUGGAGGAUGACAGUGGGAUGGAGCUCCUGGUGAACAACAAAAUUAUCAGUCUGGACCUUCCCGUGGCUGAGGUUUACAAGAAGGUGUGGUGUGCGACCAAUGAGGGAGAGCCCAUGAGGAUUGUUUAUCGGAUGCGGGGGCUACUGGGAGAUGCCACCGAGGAGUUUAUCGAGUCCCUGGACUCCACCACAGAUGAAGAAGAAGAUGAAGAGGAAGUGUACAGAAUGGCCGGUGUGAUGGCCCAGUGUGGAGGUCUGCAGUGCAUGCUGAACAGGCUGGCAGGAGUCAAAGAUUUUAAGCAGGGGCGCCACCUUCUAACAGUGCUGCUGAAGCUAUUUAGUUACUGUGUGAAGGUUAAAGUCAACCGGCAGCAGCUGGUCAAGCUGGAAAUGAACACUUUGAAUGUCAUGCUGGGGACUUUAAACUUGGCUCUGGUAGCUGAGCAAGAGAGCAAGGACAGCGGAGGAGCAGCUGUGGCUGAGCAGGUGCUAAGCAUCAUGGAGAUCAUUCUAGAUGAGUCCAACGCAGAGCCCCUGAGUGAGGACAAGGGCAACCUCCUCCUCACAGGUGACAAGGAUCAACUGGUGAUGCUCUUGGACCAGAUCAACAGUACCUUCGUUCGAUCCAACCCUAGUGUACUCCAGGGCUUGCUGCGUAUCAUCCCAUACCUGUCCUUCGGAGAGGUGGAGAAGAUGCAGAUUCUGGUGGAGCGGUUCAAGCCAUACUGCAGCUUUGAGAAGUACGAUGAAGACCAUAAUGGGGAUGACAAAGUCUUCCUGGAUUGCUUCUGCAAAAUCGCUGCCGGUAUCAAGAACAACAGCAAUGGUCAUCAGCUGAAGGACCUCAUCCUGCAGAAGGGAAUCACCCAGAAUGCCCUGGACUACAUGAAAAAGCACAUCCCCAGUGCCAAGAAUUUGGAUGCUGACAUCUGGAAAAAGUUUUUGUCUCGCCCUGCUCUGCCAUUUAUUUUGAGGCUUCUUCGGGGUCUGGCCAUGCAGCACCCUGCCACCCAGGUUCUGAUUGGAACGGAUUCCAUCACGAGUCUGCAUAAGCUGGAGCAGGUGUCCAGUGACGAGGGCAUUGGGACCCUGGCUGAGAACCUGCUGGAGGCCCUGAGAGAACACCCAGAUGUGAACAAGAAGAUUGACGCAGCCCGUAGGGAGACCCGGGCAGAGAAGAAGCGCAUGGCCAUGGCCAUGAGGCAGAAGGCUCUGGGAACUCUAGGCAUGACGACAAACGAAAAGGGUCAGGUGGUGACCAAGACUGCACUGCUGAAGCAGAUGGAAGAGCUGAUUGAGGAGCCGGGACUCACGUGCUGCAUCUGCAGGGAGGGGUACAAGUUCCAGCCCACGAAGGUCUUAGGCAUUUACACUUUCACCAAGCGGGUAGCCUUGGAGGAGAUGGAGAACAAGCCCCGGAAACAGCAGGGCUACAGCACUGUGUCCCAUUUCAACAUUGUGCACUACGACUGUCACCUGGCUGCCGUCAGGUUGGCUAGAGGCCGGGAAGAAUGGGAGAGUGCUGCCCUGCAGAAUGCCAACACGAAGUGCAAUGGGCUCCUUCCAGUCUGGGGCCCCCAUGUCCCUGAAUCAGCUUUCGCCACUUGCUUAGCAAGGCACAACACGUACCUCCAGGAGUGUACUGGCCAGCGGGAGCCCACGUACCAGCUCAACAUCCAUGACAUCAAACUGCUCUUCCUGCGCUUCGCCAUGGAGCAGUCAUUCAGUGCGGACACCGGCGGGGGCGGCCGCGAGAGCAACAUCCACCUGAUCCCAUACAUCAUUCACACUGUGCUUUAUGUCCUGAACACGACCCGAGCAACGUCCCGGGAGGAGAAGAACCUCCAAGGCUUCCUGGAACAGCCCAAAGAGAAGUGGACAGAGAGUGCCUUUGAUGUAGACGGGCCCCACUACUUCACCAUCCUAGCCCUGCACGUCCUCCCCCCUGAACAGUGGAAAGCCAUUCGAGUGGAGAUCCUACGAAGGCUGCUGGUGGCUUCGCAUGCCCGGGCAGUGGCUCCAGGAGGAGCCACCAGGUUGACAGACAAGGCGGUGAAGGACUAUUCCGCCUACCGUUCUUCCCUGCUCUUCUGGGCUCUCGUCGAUCUCAUUUAUAACAUGUUUAAGAAGGUGCCCACUAGUAACACUGAGGGCGGCUGGUCCUGCUCUCUGGCCGAGUACAUCCGCCACAAUGACAUGCCCAUCUACGAAGCUGCCGACAAAGCCCUGAAAACCUUCCAGGAGGAGUUCAUGCCCGUGGAGACCCUCUCGGAGUUCCUCGACGCAGCAGGUCUUCUAUCAGAAAUCACCGAUCCAGAGAGCUUCCUAAAGGACCUAUUGAACUCAGUCCCCUGACCAUCCCCAUGGAAAUGAGAUUGAAGCUAGCUUGCAUUCUCCCCUUAUUCGUCUCUCCGUGUGCACUCAUUUCCCCCCACGGAUGCUGCAUUAGCACCCCCCCCCUCAGUUUUCUCGGAGUGGCUUGCGGUCUGUAGGCUUCCUGUUCUAUCGUGUGUGUGUGUGUGUGUGUGUGUGUGUGUGUGUGUGUGUGUGCUGCGCUGGCUAUGAAGUUGUCUGUAGCCCAAGCCAUUGAAGGACCUAUACAUACCUAGGAGCUGUGAGCUGUCCCGGCCAGCUUGAGUGUGUACAUCUUGAAAUAAAUGAAUGACUUAGUACA